UCCUGCAGGAGGAGGAAGAGGAGGAGGAGGAGGAGGAGGAGACAGAGGAGGAGGAGGAGGAAGGACGCGAGUCCUCAGAUGGAGGUGCGGGAUGGACAGAAGGCUGCUGAGGGAGGGCAGGAGCUCCAUGCGGACCUCCGUCCUGGUCGGACGCUCUGCUCCGUCUGCGGCGGCGCCUCCCGUCUCUGCUGUGGGCUUCCAUGGUGGCCAUGGACCAGAACUACGGAGAGGUGAACCAGCUCGGCGGGGUUUUCGUAAACGGCAGACCUCUUCCCAACCCGAUCCGGAUCCGGAUCGUGGAGCUGGCCCAGUUAGGGAUCCGGCCCUGCGACAUCAGCCGCCAGCUCCGCGUCUCCCACGGCUGCGUCAGUAAGAUUCUGGCCCGCUUCAACGAGACCGGUUCCAUCCUGCCGGGGGCCAUCGGCGGCAGCAAGCCGCGGGUCACCACGCCCAAGGUGGUGAGCAGCAUCCGGGACUACAAACAGGGCGACCCGGGAGUCUUCGCCUGGGAGAUCCGAGACAGGCUGCUCGCCGACGGCGUCUGCGAUAAAUACAACGUCCCGUCCGUUAGCUCCAUAAGCCGCAUUUUGAGAAACAAGAUCGGAACCCUUCCCCAACCGAACCACAACGAGAACAGCAAACCCACCCAUCCUCCAGUCCACUACAACCACAUGUACCCGUACUACCCGGGCGCCGUGUCGCCCACCGGGACCAAAGUCGGCGGCGGUCCGGGCGCGUCAGUCACGGCGGGGCACGCGGGUCUCUCCCGGACCUGGCCCUCGGUCCACACCGUCAACAACAUCCUCGGUAUCCGAACCUUUAUGGAGCCUUCAGGUUGGUGGACGUCCUUGCCCAGCAGUGAGACUCCCAGCAGCGAUGCUGCUGCUGGACCGGAAGGGCCCGGGCCGAAAGUGGAGGACUGGUCAGGAAUGAACAGAUUCACCAACGGGAUGGAGCGAUGUACCACCGAAGCAGACACGAGAUACUGUCAGCCUGCGUCCAAUCUGUCCGGUUUGGUCCCGGCCUGUGCCUAUUCUGCCCCGGCCCACUACGGACGCUAUGGUGGCCCUGCGGGCCACUACAUGUCCGCCGGACACCACUGGAUGAACCACGACCACAACCACAGCCAGAACCAGAACCUGAACCAGACCCAGACCCAUCUGAACCAUCUGAGCCCGUCAGCAGCGCUGCAGGAGGCCGACCUCCAUGCUGCCAGAGAAGGAGACGGGAAAGCCGCGUGUCAUUUAAACAAACGGGCUGACGGUGUGUGUGCUCUGACCUCCUCGUGACCACCGGAGCGGCUUCGGGUCUCCAUAAGGACUUGCUGAACAGGUCUGACGCCAGACCGGCUCCGACAUGGCGGCGCAGAACUAGCCCGCCUGGCUUUAUUCGUAAUGCGCCUGUCUUCCAUUAUGGAAGUGGCCCGUGCAUGAGACCCUUUAUAUCUAAAAAGGUCACACGCGCUCACGUGUCAAGCCUGACGAGAAGUGGCCCGUGCAUCGCAGACGUGUAAGACAACACAACCGUGCACGUGUACGUCUGCUUUUCUAUAGCGAUGCUUAAU